AACAACCCCCUUCCAUCCUCCGAGGUUCAACCUAAGUCCUAACCUAAUAUGCGUUAACAUUACUCGUUAGCGCGAUAUUCGUAAUCGUAAACACAAGUUGCCGUUUGAAUAAUAUUUCUCCUGAUUCGAAUAUUCAAUCCAGCCAGCCACCGAACGCUAAUUUUUCAAAAAUGGACGACCAGAGCAUCACGUUAGAUGUUAACCCUAAAGCAUAUCCUUUGGCUGACCAACAAAUGACCACAAAAAUUUUAAACUUGGUUCAACAAGCAAUGAACUAUAAACAAUUACGCAAAGGAGCAAAUGAAGCCACUAAAACAUUAAACAGAGGUAUUUCUGAAUUCAUAGUCUGUGCAGCUGAUGCAGAACCUUUAGAAAUUUUGCUACAUUUGCCAUUGUUAUGUGAAGACAAAAAUGUUCCAUAUGUUUUUAUUAGAUCAAAACAAGCAUUAGGCCGAGCAUGCGGUGUUUCAAGGCCAGUUAUAGCGUGUUCUAUUACCACUGAUGAAGGUUCACAAUUACGCCCACAGAUACAACAAGUUCAGACUGAAAUAGAAAGACUAUUGGUUUAAUUUUGUACUCGUUUUUACAUUUAUAAUACUGAAUUGGAAAUAUAUUAAUAAUAAUACUACAUCAUUCAAAUG